GUGGUCAGUCUUGACGUUACAGAGGGAGGACUUGGUGUAUCAGCUGACUCAGAAGGAAAGUUACGACUAUGGCAGACAGACACAGGAGAAGUCAGGAGGGAAUUUGUUGGUCACUACGGUGAUGUUUACACCUGUGGAUUUUUCCCCUCGGGCCUCGUGGUCCUCAGUGGAGGGGCAGACAUGCAGCUAAAAAUCUGGUCAGCAGAGACUGGAAAGUGUGCUGCCACCUUAACAGGACACAGGGCAGCAAUAAACGACACUGCAAUGGUGGACCGAGGGAGGAAUGUGGUGUCGUGUGGUAAAGACGGGUCAGCCAGGCUGUGGGACGUGGGUCAACAGUCGUGUCUCAGGUCGUACGACGAGAACGGAGGUGAGGUCAACUGCUGCUGUCUCCAGAAUGUAGAGAACUCACUCAGUCUGGAGGCCGGGGACCAGCCAACAACUGAUAGAGAGGUUGGCACACAAGGGAAGCUACUCCUACUUGGUUGUGAGAAUUCUACAGUACAAGGUUACGGACUCCAGACUCGGAAAAAGGUAUUUGAGUUUCCUGCCCACGGCCCUGUCAACUGUUGUCAGUUUCUGUCAGACGUUACAGCCAUCAUAGGAACACAGGACGGACACAUAACAGUCCUAGACCUACGCAAUAUCAGAGUUCCUCUGAAGGAAUGGAAGGAUAGCCGUUCUGCUGUGUUGUGUUUCUGUCCAUACAAUGGAGGGUUCUUUACUGGCACAGGUGAUGGUUCCUGUUUUUAUACAGACUCUCAGUUUCACGCUCGAGUGGAGCUGACGGGGUCAGACUGUGACCCCGUGUAUUCAGUCAAGUGUGACGGGACUCACGUGUUCUCCGCAUGUAGAGACAGUGUUAUCCGGAGAUACAGACUGGAUUUAUGUUGUGAUCCACCCCGCUGAAAUCCGCCACACAAAAUCCUAGAUUAUUGUAACUUUAAAAAUGUUCAUUUAUAUGUAUUCAUCUCAUUAUAAAUAUAAAGUUAAGG